UUUCUUUACCACGUGAUAUAAACUUUCGCCAUGUUUGAUGUGUAAGGUUGGUUUUUGGGAGUGACAUCCUAACAAUUCAGCGUCUGCCAAUCUUUUGGACUCCUGCAUAGUGUGUAGAACGUUGUCUAAAUUACGCGUUGAUAGUUUAGCUACAGAAAAUGAAUAAGAAGUGCGACAAGUGCCUGAAAACAGUCUAUCCGACUGAAGAACUGAAAUGUUUGGAUAAGACAUGGCACAAGGCAUGUUUCAAAUGCACAGUCUGCAACAUGACGUUAAAUAUGAAGAAUUAUAAAGGAUAUGACAAACACCCUUAUUGCAAUGCGCACUAUCCAUCCACUAAGUUCACGCCGAUCGCAGACACGCCCGAGAACAGGAGGCUCGCAGAAAAUACGAAAAUACAGAGUAAUGCUGAAUAUCAGAAUAUCAAGGAUAAGAAAGAUCAAAUGGAACAACUUAGGCCAACACAGGAAGAAAAACAGCGAGCUAAGAAGGCGUAUGCGUCGGGUCACGGUGGACAGCAGAUGGUGCAGCAGCAGCAGCCUCAUCAGCAGCACCACCAGCAGCAGCAGCAGCAGCACCACCCGCAGCAGCAGCAGCACCACCAGCAGCAGCAGCAUCAGGCGCCUCACGCUCAGGCACCAAGUAUGCGUCAAAACGUUAUUUACAACUCUGGUGAUGGGCAAGUGCGUCACCACCCGCAGCAGUCGCGCGUCGGCGCAAUCGUGGAUUACGACCCCGUCAAUGAACACCACAGCUCCCAGGCUGCAGGCUACAGCCCCGCCUCACACGGAGCUCCAGCACAGUCGGUGUUCCGCGCCAUGUAUGACUACGAGGCGGCCGACACGGACGAGGUGUCCUUCAUCGAGGGAGACCGCAUCGUCAACGUGAAGCGUAUUGAUGCCGGAUGGGUGAUAGGCACCGUCGAGCGUUCAGGUCAUCACGGCAUGCUUCCCGCUAACUACGUCGAGGAGGUCAAAUACUGACCGCUGCGGCCGCCGCACGCCACGCAGCCGUAGUCGCGACGACGGGGCGCGGUCGUCACGGCGACGCAGCAUGAUUGUAUGAUGACGGAGCACGGUCGUCAUGACGAUGGAGCAUAAUCGUCGUGACGACGGAGCACUGUCGUCACGGCGACGGAGCACGGUUGUCACGGCGACGUAGCACGGUCGUCACGACGACUAAGCUCGGUUGUUGCAGCGACGGUGACGUGAUGCGGUUGUCAUGACGAUUGGGCGCAGAAGUCGCAGCGACAGAACACCGUUGUCGUGACAGCAAAGCAUGGUAGUCAUGACAACGGAACGCUAGUGUUAGGAGACGUUAGCCAGCGCUGCUGUUAUGUAAUUGUAAUUAUGCACCGCCACUGAAUUGUCACGAAUUUUUGGUUGCUACCGGAGGGCACUGCAGGGACGUUAUGAUGUUAGGGGUCACCAAUAGGGUCACCACUAAGGUCACUACUAAGGUCACCUCUAGGGUCACCACUAAGGUCACCACUAAGGUCACCACUAGGAAUCACCACUGGGGUCACCACUAAGGUCACCACUAGGAGUCACCACUGGGGUCACCACUAAGGUCACCACACUGGGAUACAAGGGUCUGACUCCACGGGGUUGGGGUGGGGGAGAUUUCCACAUCAACUACUGUACAUGCUGUAUAUUUGACGCUGUGGUUUGAUUUUCGCGAAUUUUGCGAACGCGUCUCUGUCUGCGAAAAUAACAACACGCGAAUAAUUCAUGCCGAAUAAUACCGAAUAAUUCAUAAUUCACCGAUCGCGAAAUUGUCCGUCAAGUCUGAAUUCGCAAAAAAUAUCUGUACGACGUACGAAAAAAUAUGGCGGAUACAGUACAUUCGCAUGUAGAGGGCGCCACCGUGCGGUCGUGGUGAGAGGAGCUAUUCCACGGGUUUAAGUAUUGUCCUUUGAGCGUUUUUCAUCAUUGAGACGGUAACGAUACAUUCCAAGUAUUUCAAAUAUUCCAAGUUUGAGCAAAAGCAGCGCGACGCGUUUAGCGAUUUCAUUUCAGAGCAUUCCCAUCGUCUUCGAAGAUUCUUCGAUCGUCGUCUGUCGUUCAAAAUAUAUUGCCUGCUAAGUACGAUGAACAUACGUAAUCGUGUGUUUUGAUGAACGUACGUAAGCACGUGUUCCGAUGAACAUAUGUAAGCGUGUGUUCCGAUGAGCGUACGUAAGCACGUGUUCCGAUCAACAUAUGUAAGCGCGUUCCGAUGAACUUACGUAAGCGCGUGUUCCGAUGAAUGUACGUAAGCACGUGUUCUGAUGAACAUAUCUAAGCGCGUUCCGAUGAACGUAUGUAACCGUGUGUUUCGAUGAACGUACGUAAGCGUGUUCUGAUGAACAUACGUAAGCGCGUGUUCUGAUGAACGUACGUAAGCGCGUGUUCUGAUGAACGUACGUAAGCACGUGUUCCGAUGAACGUACGUAAACAUGUGUUCCGAUGAACGUACGUAAGCGCGUGUUCCGAUGAACAUACAUAAGCGCGUGUUCCAAUAAACGUACAUAAGCACGUGUUCCGAUGAACGUAUGUAAGCACGUGUUCCGAUGAACAUACGUAAGUGUGUGUUCCGAUGAACGUACGUAAGUGUGUGUCCCAAUGAACAUACGUAAGUGUGCGUUCCGUUGAACGUACGUAAGUGUGUGUUCCGAUGAACGUACGUAAGUGUGUGGUCCGAUGAACGUACGUAAGUGUGUGUUCCGAUGAACGUACGUAAGUGUGUGGUCCGAUGAACGUACGUAAGUGUGUGUUCCGAUGAACGUACGUAAGUGUGUGUUCCGAUGAACGUACGUAAGUGUGUGUUCCGAUGAACGUACGUAAGUGUGUGUUCCGAUGAACGUACGUAAGCACGUGUUCGUGUUAAGUACCACCAACCAGGCUGGAUGUAACAGAAGCUAUAUUUUGCAAGCCCCGAUGAUUCCAUAAUUUACUUGUAUAAAAUCGUGUAUAUUAUAAUAAAAUGCUGUGUUUUAAAAUCCACUCGGGAUCGUACGACGAACGAAUUAACGAAUAGUCGGCCAUCUUUCUUACGGAAUUGUAACUUUUCGAUCGUAAAGUCUUUAGUAACCUCGUAAAUAUCAGUCUUCAAGGUUCAAGGGACUAUAUCGAAACCUGGUAGCCCUACGUAGUGAUGAGGAUUAAGGAAUAAUUGUAGGAAUCGAACGAUCAGCAGAGAAUAUUUACGAUCGAGAGCGAAUAGAAUUGUAGAAUUGUAGUUUGCGGUUGUUUACGGUUGGCCGACGUAACUAUUUGGAUGGAUAUGUGGAAAUAGGGUAGUAUUAUAAACGCAUGUACGUGGUACAUGACCAAGCCAGAGCAUAACGGCGCCUGGGGGCGGGGGACUACAAAAAUGGUAAUGUAAUGUAAAUUAUGUAGUCGCUAUGUGUGUAAUAUUAUGGUCUGUAUACCUUUGAUAUGCAGUUUUUUAAUGUUAUUUUCGAGCAUGCCCAGCGUAGGCGUUCUUCCUCCCCCCCUACGUUGUUACAGCGGUAAAGGAAGAUUGCCUGUAAUGAUGUCUCAUUAACUCGACAUAAUAUGCUAAUGUUACACUAGUACCAUGAGUACGAAACUGCGUAGCGGUGUAAAGACUCUCCCUCUAGUUAAUAAAUGUACAUUCCCUGAUCGAGAGCUAUAUAUUGGGUCUUCACAUGACAUCACUUGAGAAAAUGAUUGUAAAAUUUAAUCUCUACAAAAAUUAUAACAUUUCUUUCAAGCCCA